AUGGGGAAGCUGAUCUCCAAAGGCCAGCGCCGAAGAGAUGCUCGAGUUGUCAUGCUGGGGCUCGACUUCGCUGGCAAAUCCACCCUGCUGUACAAACUGAAGAGUGGCCGGGCUGUGGAGACCUGCCCAACGGUGGGCUUCAACGUGGAGUCUCUGCAAACGCCCUGUCAUGUAUCCUUCACCCUCUGGGACGUCGGUGGACAAGGCAGCCUGCGGGCAAGCUGGCCUGACUACCUGGAGGACACCAACACCCUCAUCUUCGUGCUCGACAGCACAGACACGGCCCGGCUGCCUGAAGCAGCAGCGGCGCUGGAGGAAACGCUGAGCCACCCCAGCAUGGUUAGCGUCCCCGUCCUCCUCCUGGCCAACAAGCAGGAUGUGCCGGGAGCGCUGGCUCCCGCUGAGCUGGGGGAGAGGCUGCAGCAGGGGCGGCUGGCGGAGCGCCGUUGGGUGCUCCAGGGAUGCAGCGCCCACACCGGACAGGGCCUGCAGGAAGCCCUGGCCAUCCUGGGAGAGCUGCUGCGGGGUCUGGAUGGGGUCUCCCCAUCGUAA